CGCACGCCAAUAACAGAUAAAGUCCAAAAUUCCUAUGCCGAAUUUCUAAAUUUCAAUUGUUGACAAUACGAAUUACGGGUAUCAACAUAGCACGCGUCGCAGGCUCCGUUCGGAAGUCAUCGAAUCAUCUUGGCCGUUUGACGCGUAGCGAGUUAAAAUUACCAUAACAAUUACUCCCGCGCAUAUAUAACGUGCUCCGGAAAUGCAUACAUAUCUGCGCAUUGACCAAUAAAUACUCGAUCCGAGAUUUUCCUAUCCUGCGAGUAAAUGGCUCAACGAAAUAACGUGGUUACCACACGUUUUUAGUGAUGACACUGAGCCUAUCUUAGAGGGAUCGCGUGGAGCUCGUUCGAAAGCAUUUAAUUUCCUCAACAAAUUUUUUCGUCUGUGAUUCGACUCUAACCGAGAGGAACGUGUAGGGGUGGUUAACUAGACAACCUAACAAUUACGUAUGUGCGAUCGCUUGGCCUAGUUAAAGCCACUUGCAGUGUUAAUUAAUUUAAGCAGUCAAGAUUUCCUCAACACUUGAAAUGGAAGAAAAGAAAAUUAAAUACUAUGGUAAGAGGAGGAGUAUUGUCAGAAGGAUUGGAUCCAUGCUGCCUCUGAAGCCACCACCAAAGAUAUAUGUUAGUGUUACCCCGUUACACUCCAUGAGCAGCUCUAUGAUCGACCAAGAACCUAUUAGCGAUUACAAGUACACAAAUGGAUUUGGAGCUGGAAGACCUUCCUCCUGUUGCGAAUUCAGGGAUAUUUCAUACAUAAACAAUGGGCUUUACCAAAGUAAACCAGAUUUAUUGGAACCAAUAAGUUUUGGCUCAGAAGUUCGUUUAUUGGCAUUGGAGCAAGAGUUACAAGAUUUAAGAGAACAAAUAUCUACCAUUGUUAAACCUGGAAAACCAAAUGCCUCUCGAAUGUUACAAUUUUCAGAAGCCAAUGGGUCAUCUGGAAAUAGUAACUUUAGCAUACCACCACCCCCUCCGCCACCACUGCCUCCGGUACCAAAAACUCCACAUAUAGCCCGCCGAGCUAGUUUACAAGACCAUAUAAAUGAGGAACGUAAAAAACCUCCAUUUGUUGCACAAAAGUCAAUGGGUGAAAUAUUGAAGGGAAUUGACAAAGUAAAAUUGAGGGUUGUUGAAAAAUCUCCAAAUGGUGGACCAUUGAAAAUAAAACGAGAUGUAAGUCCCAGUCCAUGCAAUGACUUGCAAGAAAUUUUAAGAAGACGUUAUGCAGCUAUGCAUCUAUCUCAAUCUCCAGAUAGUAGAAGUAAUUCUCCUAACACAACCUUGGAUGAUAGCUUUUGACAUUAUGUCAGAAACAGCCAAAGCAUCUCAUAAUCUAUGUGAUGUGUAGGUUGAUCAUAAGACGAAAUGAUUUUGCAAAAAUUUUUGGAUUCAUUAAAUUGUUUCAUUAGUAUUAAUCUUGUUAUAAUUGAAAAUUAAUUUUGAUAGAAAAUUCGUAAGUGUAUAUCUCAAACAUGAAAUCCACAAGCAGUCGUUAAAAAUGAUGUAAAAAAACAAUAAGUUUUUGAAAUUUGGAAAUCAGUUUUAACAUAUCAAUGAUGGUUACUUCGAUUUUGUUUGAAUUGUCACUUUUUAAAUGUAGCACCAAUGCAUGAUUCAAAGUUAACUUGUAGUUGAUAUAUUUAAAAAAGUUGUACCAUAUAGUAUAGAUUGUUAAGGAUAAACUUUUAAAACUAUCAGAUGUGGCAUUUUAACUUGGGCGAUUCUGUGAUAAAUGCCAUAAAUUUUUUUUGCUAAUACAUAGAAUACUAUCCGUAAAUGAGAUCUGCUUGUAGUGAAUAAUUCAUUUUAACGGCACUUGAAAUUUAUAAGUGUACUUUCGAGUCUUUGUAGACUUGGGUGAACUCACACGAAAGAACUACUCGUUUAUAUUAGCGAGUAAUAAAUUUGUAUAUAUUUUUCGCCGCUGCCAUGUUACGAGAAAAAUUGAUUAUUUUUACUAAGCGCUUGUUGAAUACUUGAUAAAGUAUAAGGUAUGACAGUGCAACACGUUUUCAUACCACAAGCACCAUUUACUCGUAUGAAUAUGAAAAUAAAACGAUGAUACUUUCAGAGACAAACACAGUCAGUCUCUUGUAUUCUAAAAAUUGCAAUUGUAAAGUAAAAGAAAACAAAAAUGAAUAAAUGUACAGAAAGUGUUUUAUACUUGAAGCUUUUAUUUUAUUCGAGAAAUAAAUAUAAAUAGUACAAGGAA